CAAUUCACCUACCAACUCCCCUAUUACAUAUUUCCCGUUCAUUCAUUCACUCAUCUGCAAGCAUGGCCGAUAAGCAACCCCACCUGAACGGUGCUUAUUACGGUCCCGCCAUUCCCCCGGCGGAGCAACCACGCUACCGCCCUCACCGCGAAAGAAGCUGCUGCUGCUGCCUCUUCGGAAUCUUGUGGAAGAUUCUGGUUGCACUCAUUGUCCUCGUUGGCCUCGCAGUACUCAUAUUCUGGCUGGUGGUUCAACCCCGCUACUUCAAGUUCUACGUCACGGAAGCCGACCUAACACAAUUUGAUUACUAUAGCAACAACAACACCCUCCACUACAACAUGGUCCUCAACUUCACUGCACGCAACCCCAACAAGAAGCUCAGCAUAUACUACGACAAGGUUGAGGCAUUAGCAUUCUACGAGGAUGUCAGGUUCGCCAAUUACAGUGUGAUAACGCCCAUGAACUCCUUCCGGCAGUACAAGAAGAGCAGCAGCACCAUGAGCGCUGUUUUAUCGGGGCAGCAAGUGUUGCCGCUCGACAACGACCUAGUCUCAGAGUUGAACCAAGACAAGAUUGGUGGGGUGUACGAGAUCUAUGUGAAGCUCUACUUCAGGAUUAGGUUCAGGCUCGGGGAUGUCAAAACCCGUCGCUUCAAGCCCAAGGUCAAAUGUGAUGCGAAGGUUCCCUUGAGGACCAUGGGCAACGUAACUCUGUUUCAGACCACCAAGUGUGAUGUCGAUUACUAGGGACUACGUAUUUGAUUUUGGAAUUUUCCUUCUUUACCCAUUUUAUGUGUGACCUUUGGCAUUAUUUUUUCCAUUCUUUGACUAUAUAUGCAGUAAUCUGUACGUUUUCGUGAAUUAUUUAUGUGCAGUAUUAUUUAUUUAAUUUGUUUGUUCCUCUA